CCGAGGGGAGCUACAGGUUGCCCAGGGCGGAGGACCUACCGAACACGAAGCUUAUAUUUGACCGCUCACCGUCAGCUUGUGGCCUUGACUUGUGACCCUAGGAUUUUGGGGGCUCCUCCGACCCAGCUAGCGAGACCCCAGACACAAACCAUGUUUCCGGUGAAGGUGAAAGUGGAGAAAUCAGAGUUGGAGAUGGCUAAGGCUCGAAACCAACUGGAUGCUGUUCUGCAGUGUCUCCUGGAGAAGAGUCACAUGGACAGGGAGCGUCUGGAUGAGGAAGCCGGGAAGACCCCCUCAGAUACCCACAGCAAGGAUUGCUCCAUUGCAGUCACUGGCAAACGGCCAUCCGCCCGCUUCCCUCACCAGCGGAGGAAGAAAAGGAGGGAGAUGGAUGAUGGACUGGCUGAAGGAGGGCCACAACGAUCCAACACAUAUGUGAUUAAGCUGUUUGACCGGAGUGUGGACUUGGCUCAAUUCAGUGAGAACACGCCGCUGUACCCAAUCUGCCGUGCCUGGAUGCGCAACAGCCCCUCAGUGCGUGAGCGUGAACGCUCACCCAGCUCACCGCUGCCCCCACUGCCUGAAGAUGAAGAGAGUUCAGAGGUCACCAACAGCAAGAGUUGUGACGUGUACAAGCUGCCUCCUCCUACAGCCCCUGGGCUACCUGGAGAUGCCUGCAGAUCCCGAAUUCCAUCCCCACUGCAGCCGGAGAUCCAUGGUACCCCUGAUGAUGAGCCCUCUGAGCCUGAGCCUUCACCCUCCACACUCAUCUACCGCAACAUGCAGCGCUGGAAACGCAUCCGCCAGAGGUGGAAGGAGGCAUCUCAUCGGAAUCAGCUUCGUUACUCAGAAAGCAUGAAGAUCCUACGGGAGAUGUAUGAGCGACAGUGAUGUUCCCCUGCUCCAGUCCCACCCCAAUAAACAUUUCCCCUCUUCA